AUGGCACGAACACGAAACGCGGAUAAGUCUGCCCAGGACGAGGGCAAGGAAGAGCAGGUUAUCGAACAGCCGACCGCAAACGAGAACACUCACGAUUCACCCACCGAAAGCCCCGAAAAGAAGGCGGACACUCCUUCAGAAGGGCAAAAAGAUGCCGCUGCUCCUCCAGCGAAUGAUAGAAUGGCCAGGUUCAAAGCCUUGCAAGCUCGAGCUAAAUCCGCGACUGAACGCAAUCUCAAGGAGACAGCAGCUGAAUCCCAGCGCCUGACUACCGACCCAGCAUUGAUGAACAACUUAUCGCGCAAGCACGCAUUCGCAUCCCACAACCUCCUCAAAGCAGACACCGAAGCAGCUGGCGAAGACUUUGAACGGAAGCGCGCAUGGGAUUGGACCGUUGACGAAUCCGAGAAGUGGGACAAGCGCAUGGAGAAGAAGUCGCGCCAUCGGAAGGAUGUGGCCUUCCAGGAUUAUUCCCAGGAUGCCCGGAAGGUCUACAAAAGACAACUACGAGACCUACCUCCGAACAUCGAAGCAUACGAGAAAGACAAACUUGCCGCGAUUGAAAGGGCUGCAGCCAAUGGCGACCUCGAGAUUGUGGAGACCGAGGAUGGUGAAAUGAUCGCAGUCGACAAGAAUGGAAGCUUCUACUCAACCGCGGACUCAACAGGCUUCACAGACAGAAAGCCGGACCGUGCUGCCGUUGACAGACUGGUCGGCGAUAUCCAGAAGGCAGAGGAAGUGCGCCUGAAGAAGCGCAAGGAGCGUCGCGGUGGCGACGAUGACUCGGAUGUGACAUACAUCAACGAGAAGAACAAGCAGUUCAACCAAAAGUUGGCUCGCUUCUACAAUAAGUACACAACGGAGAUCCGAGACAGCUUUGAACGUGGUACUAUGAUUUAA